AUGAGAAGACUUGUACAUUGUCUUUUAGUGUGUCUUCGGCUGAAGUUGGAACAGCUGAUUAAUCGGCUGAAGUUGGAACAGCUGAUUAAUCGGCUGAAGUUGGAACAGCUGAUUAAUCGGCUGAAGUUGGAACAGCUGAUUAAUCGGCUGAAGUUGGAACAGCUGAUUAAUCGGCUGAAGUUGGAACAGCUGAUUAAUCGGCUGAAGUUGGAACAGCUGAUUAAUCGGCUGAAGUUGGAACAGCUGAUUAAUCGGCUGAAGUUGGAACAGCUGAUUAAUCGGCUGAAGUUGGAACAGCUGAUUAAUCGGCUGAAGUUGGAACAGCUGAUUAAUCGGCUGAAGUUGGAACAGCUGAUUAAUCGGCUGAAGUUGGAACAGCUGAUUAAUCGGCUGAAGUUGGAACAGCUGAUUAAUCGGCUGAAGUUGGAACAGCUGAUUAAUCGGCUGAAGUUGGAACAGCUGAUUAAUCGGCUGAAGUUGGAACAGCUGAUUAAUCGGCUGAAGUUGGAACAGCUGAUUAAUCGGCUGAAGUUGGAACAGCUGAUUAAUCGGCUGAAGUUGGAACAGCUGAUUAAUCGGCUGAAGUUGGAACAGCUGAUUAAUCGGCUGAAGUUGGAACAGCUGAUUAAUCGGCUGAAGUUGGAACAGCUGAUUAAUCGUUCAUUCUGUGUUAGUAGAUUUGAUUAG